AUGACUUCCCUGCUACAGGAACCCGAUAUAGGACAAGUAUCAGACUGGUUCGAAGAGCGCCCGAUCAACAAGGCCAAUCGCCAGAAGCUCGCCCAGAUGAUACGCGAUAGAGUUCUCUUCGCCGGCAUCGACUGGGCUAAACUUCCCGGUAGCAUAGAGGUGGGCAGGGAAGUUCGGAUGCUAGAUUACGCAUGUGGACCUGGAUUUCUCAGCAACAUCUUCGGGCCGUACGUGUCUUCAAUCCAUGCAGUCGAUGCGUCUUCUGCCAUGAUUGAGAGGUACAGAAAUAGUAUGAACGAGUUCGGUCCUGGCCGCGAAAAGGUUGCAGCCAUUGUCGGAAACUUGUUGUCGGAGCCACCUGAACCCGCUCUUUUGGCUGAUGAAGAAUAUCAGAAUUUUGAUCUCAUCACAGUCGGGUCAGCUCUGCACCACUUUCCAUCUGCGGAAGAUGCUGUUCGACUUUUGGGUGGGCGGUUGAAGCCUGGUGGGGUGUUGUUCAUCCAGGAUCUGUAUAGCCAUUUGAGCAGCGAAGCUGUUCAGCAGUCAGGCCAAGUCAAACCCCCGCAAUACAAAGAGGGCGACAUGAAAAAGCACAUGGAAAAGGCUGGGCUGGGCGAUUUCAAAUUUGAGAUUUUACAGGAAAAUCUCAAGAUUGAGCUGCCGAGCGAAGAGGGUCAUGACGCAGGACUGCCCGCACCAUCGAAGCCCAGCCCACGAAAGCUCUUUGACCCUUUCACACCUAAACGGACCUACACCCCUACCCACACUGAAGACGCGAUACCACUCGCGAUCGACAGUGAAGCCCGACAGAAGACCCUCGCACCCGCCUCAUUUAUAGCAGACGCGUCUGCCCCGCCUGCUCCAGGGACGCCGCCUCCCCCACAUUAGCAUCCGACGCCGGCCCAAAUCAACGGCGGCGACACCCUCCCAAUAUUCACACAAACACCAGCCGCGAUAGGAAUGGAUUAUAUCUGCCCGAAAAUCAUGGCUUUUUUCUGGUACUCAAAUCUCCCUAAGAUUGCCAAGUUGGGCGAAGCCGUCAGCACCCGUCACCGCGUUUGAACGCGAUACCGGGACUCCGAAUAUUUCUACACGAAUAAAAUUCUACUGGCGAGAAGGGCAAACGUCCAAGAAAGACGUUUGACGCGGAAACGUAGCGACCGUCGCCUUCACAAGUCUUGAUCUGUGACAAAGGGCGUCUGCGCGAUCCG